GAAUUCGCGCAGAGGAGUAAGAUGGCAACACCAACAAUGGCGCCGGCUUCGGUCGCUGCUCUCUGCGUGGCGCUGCUGCUGGUUUCUUCCCUCGCCGAUGGCGCCCAGCCGGCGCCGCCGCUGCCGCAGACGACGUCCGUGUCGCCGUCCAGCUGCAGCACGGAGCUCCUCCGCCUCCUCCCCUGCCUGCCGUUCCUCGACGGCGGCGCCGCCGCGCCGCCCGAUACGUGCUGCGCCAACCUGGGCAGCAUGGUGCACGACGAGCCCCUGUGCCUCUGCCAGGCGCUCAACCAGUCCGGCUCCGGGAGGUCCCCGGUCUCUGUCAACAUGUCCCGCGUCCUCCAGCUGCCUCCCCUCUGCCGCCUCGAUCUCCCACCCGCCGCCGGCGCCUGCGCAGGGCUUCUUCCAGUGGGGCCAGCACCGUCAGCGCCGGUGAUCUCGCCACAUCCGGCAGUGAAUUCCACUGUUCCAUCGACUCCGAUGCCGGUGACACCGACUCCACCACUGACGACCGAUUCACCGAGGACGAGCAGCCAAGUUACUGGAUAUAGCAGCGGGUCCAAACUGAUAGCUGAUGGCAUUUCUGUCGCAUUUGGUUUCAUUGCACUGGCGCCAGCUCUAGCUUUCUGAAGAAACCAUCUAGAUUUGCUGCAAGUUAGUUAUGUCCUGGAGAAAUUUAGUUGCGCCAGCUCUAGAUGGUUUUCUUAGCAUCUGUAACAACAAAAGGAUUUAGCGGUUUGAAGGAAAAAUGUUCUGUCAGAAUAA